GCGGCGCCGGGCGCUUGCCGCUGGAGGAGGCAUCUCGCCUCGGCUGCGCUGUGCACACCUCGCCCCGGGGAAAACGCAGACCCGGGCAGGCGGCAGGGAUGUCGGCGAAGGAGAGGCCAAAGGGCAAAGUGACCAAGGACAGCGUGACCCUCCUGCCCUGCUUUUAUUUCGUGGAGUUGCCUAUAUUGGCAUCAUCGGUGGUUAGCCUGUAUUUCCUGGAACUCACGGAUGUCUUCAAACCUGUGCACUCUGGAUUCAGCUGCUAUGACCGGAGUCUUAGCAUGCCAUACAUUGAACCCACACAGGAGGCAAUUCCAUUCCUCAUGCUGCUUAGCUUGGCUUUCGCCGGACCUGCAAUUACGAUUAUGGUAGGGGAAGGAAUUCUCUACUGUUGCCUGUCCAAAAGAAGGAAUGGAAUUGGCCUGGAGCCCAAUAUUAAUGCCGGAGGCUGCAACUUCAACUCUUUCCUUAGAAGAGCUGUCAGAUUCGUUGGUGUUCAUGUGUUUGGACUCUGCUCUACAGCUCUCAUCACAGAUAUCAUCCAGCUGUCCACAGGCUACCAGGCACCGUACUUUCUGACUGUGUGCAAGCCAAACUAUACCUCUCUAAAUGUGUCUUGCAAAGAAAAUUCCUACAUUGUAGAAGAUAUUUGUUCAGGAUCUGAUCUUACAGUUAUCAACAGCGGCAGAAAAUCAUUCCCUUCUCAACAUGCGACCCUUGCUGCCUUUGCAGCUGUGUACGUUUCGAUGUACUUCAAUUCCACACUAACGGAUUCCUCUAAGCUUCUGAAACCUCUCUUGGUCUUCACCUUUAUCAUCUGUGGAAUCAUCUGUGGGCUAACACGGAUAACUCAGUAUAAGAACCACCCAGUUGAUGUCUAUUGUGGCUUUUUAAUAGGAGGAGGAAUUGCUCUGUACUUGGGUCUAUAUGCUGUGGGGAAUUUUCUGCCUAGCGAAGAGAGUGUGUUUCAGCACAGAGAAGCCCUCAGGUCUCUGACAGACCUCAAUCAAGACCCCAGCCGAGUUUUAUCUGCUAAAAAUGGUAGCAGUACUGACGGAAUUGCUCACACAGAAGGCAUCCUCAACCGAAACCAUAGAGAUGCUAGCUCGUUGACAAACCUCAAAAGGGCAAAUGCUGAUGUAGAAAUCAUCACUCCACGGAGCCCCAUGGGGAAGGAAAACAUGGUUACCUUCAGCAAUACCUUGCCUAGAGCCAACACCCCAUCCGUGGAAGACCCUGUGAGAAGAAACGCCACCAUUCAUGCCUCUAUGGAUUCUGCUAGAUCCAAGCAACUCCUCACCCAGUGGAAGAAUAAGAAUGAAAGUCGGAAGUUGUCCCUGCAGGUUAUAGAGACCGAGCCUGGACAGUCACCACCCAGAUCCAUUGAAAUGAGGUCAAGCUCGGAGCCGUCGAGGGUGGGGGUCAAUGGAGACCACCAUGGUCCCGGCAAUCAGUACCUCAAGAUCCAGCCUGGCACCGUCCCCGGGUGUAACAACAGCAUGCCUGGGGGACCAAGAGUGUCCAUUCAGUCCCGCCCCGGGUCCUCACAGUUAGUGCACAUCCCUGAGGAGACGCAGGAAAACAUAAGCACCUCCCCAAAAAGCAGCUCCGCUCGGGCCAAGUGGCUGAAAGCUGCGGAGAAGACCGUGGCCUGUAAUAGAAGCAACAGCCAGCCUCGAAUCAUGCAAGUCAUAGCCAUGUCCAAGCAGCAGGGCGUCCUCCAAAGCAGCCCCAAGAACACCGAAGGCAGUACAGUCUCCUGCACUGGCUCCAUCCGCUACAAAACCCUGACAGACCACGAACCCAGUGGGAUCGUGAGGGUUGAGGCUCACCCGGAGAACAACAGGCCCGUCAUACAGAUCCCGUCCACCGAAGGCGAAGGCAGUGGCUCCUGGAAAUGGAAAGCCCCUGAAAAGGGCAGCCUUCGCCAAACUUAUGAACUCAACGAUCUCAACAGGGACUCCGAAAGCUGUGAGUCCCUGAAAGACAGUUUUGGUUCUGGAGAUCGAAAGAGAAGCAACAUUGAUAACCACGAGCAUCACCACCAUGGAAUCACCACCAUCCGCGUCACCCCAGUAGAGGGCAGCGAAAUUGGUUCAGAGACCCUGUCCGUUUCUUCUUCCCGCGACUCCACCCUGCGGAGAAAGGGCAACAUCAUCUUAAUUCCUGAAAGAAGCAACAGCCCCGAAAACACCAGGAAUAUCUUCUACAAAGGAACCUCCCCAACACGGGCUUAUAAGGAUUGAGGGAUGGCCAUUCAAUCAUUUGGGCCACCCCCAAAAGACCACAUGUAGAUUCUACCAGUGCUCUGUUCCAGCGAAUCGGGAACCUUCUCACCAAACUAGAUUAUCCACCAUCAGCCCGGAACUCAGUGACUCUUGAGAACUACUCUACCCAAGCUUGUAGACUUCACAUCAAGGGGAGGGAAAAGCACAAUGCAAGAACCUAACUAAUGUGAUAAUGUGAAGACUCUUCUUAAGACCUUCCUUCAAACUCAAAUGGUUUGCAGAGGGUAGUAUCAAAAGAAAGUGGUUUCCUUCAAUGUAUACUAUUGUACUUCCUGAAUGUGCCAACUUUAGGGAUUUUUCUUUAUAAUUAGCUGUGGGAAUCCAGAACACAGGUUUUCCCUAUAGCAGAGGCCAUGCAGUAUUAUAUAUUCAUUUUGCAGAAUCUGCACCAAAAGCUCAAUAUGGGUGGUGCUGAUUAUUAUAGUGCAUAUACCAUGUAAACUCUCAAAUUCUAUUUAGCUGUGAAAUAGUGGUGUGCAACUCCUUGUCAAAGAAAUGCUACUGUAUUAAGAAGAUGUUGGCUUCUUUGUGUUAGAAUAGGACACCCUGCAGCUUCUCUGUAGUGGCUCUGUCACAGUCAAAAAAAUGAAAAGGUUUUGUGCAUUUCUUCAAAAUUAUACUUCUUCAACAACAAAAAUUGAUAGGGAUACUUUCAGUGAAAGAGAAUACUUUUCUGCAUAGCUUUUUGCUGCUUACUUUUAUUUAAAUAUAGUUACUGCUAAUGAAAAAUCUGUUUUUAGUGAGUAAAUUUGCAUAAUUUAAAAAAUACUGUUUUAGAGAGUCUUUUGAAAUUGUUGUGAUCAUAUUUUGCAUUUUAUGCCUUCUCCUUUAUUUAUGGAUUUAAAU